GGGUGGGACGCCUUCUGUUUGUUGUGAGGGGACGGAGGCCACCAUCUUGUUCUCGGACCUAGAAGCUGCGGCGGGGUUCUUAUUACUGAACAAGACGUGUGGACGCAUGGGUUGCAUGGAAGCCUAGCAGCCUCGUACGUCAGCAGACUGCUAGCUCUUGGACCGGCGUCCGCAACGCUCCCCUUCCUCGGAGAGUGUCCGCUUUUCGUGGCUCUGGCGGGAGGAUGAACGGAGGAUAAAUGGUGCCCAAACCGGACAGCGGCACCUUCCUUCUCCUCUUUCUGCUGGUGUUAACCCUGACCGAGCCGCUGCGGCCAGGUCCACGAAUAGCUCUCGCAAGACUCCAAUCAGAACUGCUCUGUAUAUCUGUGCAGUUUGCCUGCCACAGCGGUGCCAUCCAGUGCAUUCCCUUGAACUGGCAGUGUGAUGGAUGGCCAACCUGUGAGGAUGAGAGUGAUGAAGUUAACUGUCCAGGUCUGUCUGGAGACCAGAGAAUAUAUCAUGGAAAAGAGGGCGUGGAGACACGGCAUGGCCGGGCUAGAAACGGGGAAGCCCCACGAUUCCAUACGGUGAACUUUGCCCAGCCUGUGCGCUUUAGCAGUUUCCUAGGGAAAUGCCCAACAGGAUGGCACCACUAUGAUGGAACAGCAAGCUGCUAUAAGGUGUACUCCUCUGGAGAGAACUACUGGGAUGCCGUUCAGACGUGUCAGAAAGUGAAUGGCUCACUGGCAACGUUUACCACAGAUUCAGAAUUAAAAUUCAUCUUGGCUCAGGAAUGGGAUAUGGAAGAAAGACCAUUUUUAAGAAAGGACCAGCGAAGGCUAUGGGUAGGUUACCAGUUUGUGAUAACAAGCAGAAACCAUUCUGUGGAGGGACACUGGGAGGUUGCUUAUAAAGGUUCUUCUGAAGUUUUCUUACCCCCAGUGCCCAUCUUUGGAACAGCAAUGUCUGAGAAUGAGAACAUAUUAUGUGCGCAAUUGCAGUAUUUCCAUCUGCCCUCUCUACGGCACCAUGGCCUGCACAGCUGGUAUGCUGAAAACUGUUAUGAAAAGUCGUCCUUCCUGUGCAAGCGCAGCCAGACUUGUGUUGACAUCAAGGACAAUAUUGUGGAUGAAGGCUACUACUUCACUCCUAAAGGGGAUGAUCCUUGUCUGAGCUGCACUUGCCACAAUGGAGAACCUGAAAUGUGUGUAGCUGCUCUAUGUGAAAAACCACAGGGAUGCCAGCAAUAUCGCAAGGAUCCCAAAGAAUGCUGCAAAUUCACUUGUCUUGACCCAGAUGGCAGCAGCCUUUUCGAUUCAAUGGCCAGUGGUAUGCGUCUGAUUGUGAGCUGUAUCUCCUCUUUCCUCAUCCUCUCUCUGCUGCUUUUUAUGGUUCACCGGCUACGUCAAAGGCGGAGGGAGCGCAUUGAAUCCUUAAUUGGGGCCAACUUGCAUCACUUUAACCUGGGUCGCAGAAUGCCAGGCUUUGAUUAUGGGCCUGAUGGUUUUGGUACCGGUCUCACCCCCCUUCACCUGUCUGAUGAUGGAGAAGGUGGCGCCUUCCACUUCCAUGAACCUCCUCCACCCUACACUGCCUACAAAUACUCUGACAUCCAGCACCCUGAUGAUCCACCACCACCAUAUGAAGCAUCAAUAUGUCCAGACAUCAUAUUGUGCUCAACAACAGAUCAAGUGGCUCGUCAAUCUACUGUUUUGGGUCAGCUUUCAACUGCAAGCAGCAGCAAUGCCUCUUCACCUCAGACUACAGAAGAACCACUGCCGCCAGCAGGCCUGCAAAUGCCACAACUACAAGAAGAAGCAGAAGAUGCUGAAGGUAGAAGCAGUGCACUCCUUGUGGCCCCCAGUGUUUUGCAAAGUGAAGCCUUCUCUAGCCCUGGUCAGUCACGGCCCUCACCCAGUAACUGUUCUCUGAACACCGUUGUCUAAAAGAGGGAGAAGAAAGCACGUGAGAUCUGGGAAUGACAUUUGGUCAAUGCUGUUGGUAGAGCACUGACUUGAAGAACUGCUGGAAACUUUUUAGUACUUAUUUCAGGAUGCUUUCAGAACAAAGUUUUUUACCUUAGAAUGUUUUUGCCUCCCCUUUAACCCGUUUGCUACCUAAAAUGUUUCUGCCAUUUCACAGAGCUCCCCGGGCAGAUCAUGUGAUAGACGGUUUACAUCUUGUCUUUUACAUUUGAAUGAUUUAUCGUGUAAAUAUUACAUUUCAAGUGCUGCACUUUCUCCAUUCCCCCUAGAGUGUAUGUGCGUGAGUGAGAGGGACAGUAUCUUUUAUACAUAUUUUGGGAUUGUAUUUUGCUUCUUUUGGACACUUGAACAACUUGCAAUAAUCAAGCAAGAACUGCAAUCAUGGGACCCUUGAACAUGCUGUAAAUUGAGCUCCAGCACGGUGGAAGAUGCAGAGAAGUGCACAAUGAAUUUCAGGACAAGUGACUUGUUUGGUUUUCACGCUGAGAUGUGACAUUGCCAUUAAGUCUUUGGCAGUAAUGGAUUUAUUAUGGAUUGAAUACUUUUCCCUUAUCCUUCCCAAGCACGUAACAAUAUAUUUGUGAGACCUUUGUAUGUGUGACAAACUUGCAUCUGUUGUAGACUUCCAAGGAGUAGAUGAUAUCUACAGUUGGGACCAGGAGCUGUUUUUUUUUUUUUCUUCUUCAUUAAAGGUAAAGACUAAUUAUCACUCCAGCUUUGAAAAUAAUACAGAUGUGUCCAUUUAGUGUUCCUUUUGCCUUAGUUAAAUCGAUACCCAACUAUCUGCAAAGAAAAUUGAUCUUUAGCAUAUCACUGCAUGAUGACAUAUGAAAUGUUAUGAUGGAUUGGUGAGAGCAUGUCAAUUCGGAAACACUGCCAAUGGGAUACAGGAGAGAUUGUGCUAGAACUUUUCAUUUCGGUUUUACAGUUCUAACAAUUAAAUAUGUGGUCUGUUUUGGGGAAAAAAAAGUUUGCCUUUUUAAAUGUGGUUUCUUCCAUCAAGUGUUAUUCCAAAAGAAAGGCUUAC